UACCAGGCAGGGACACACACCCCCGGAGGCGUGGCUUCUCCUCUUCUUCGCCCCUGCCUCCGGGCGUAUGAAAAGGGGGUGCGAGGAGGCGCCCUCCCUCCAAAACGCCAACGAGCCCCUUCGGUGGUCUUCUUCCCCUCAGAGGCGUCGAUUCUUGCUGCUUCUGCGCCUCCCUCCGCCCGGUGGCGCUGCCAUGAACAAAGGCUUUGGCCGGAAGAGCCACGCGUUCCUGCCCAAGAUAUUUAGGAAAAUGUCCUCCCAGCCCAAAGAGCGCCCUGAGAGUUUGCAGUUCCCCUUCUUGGAUGACGACGAAACAAUUGCUACCAUACGGGAAUCGAAAACAUUUUUCAUUCUCCGAGGCCUGCCAGGCAGUGGAAAGUCCACUUUGGCACACGCUAUCCACGACAAGUAUAAAGAUGCUUGCAAAAUUAUCUCUGCUGACAACUACAAAAUCCAGCCAGCCAUCAGGAGUGCCAUUCCCGAUGAAUACAGCAAGGUAGAUGAGGAUCUAGGUGACUAUUGCAAGCGUGACAUCAGUGUGCUGGUAGUGGACGACACCCACCAUGAACGAGAGCGAUUGGAGCAGCUCUUUGAUAUUGCGGAUAAGUACCGUUACCAGGUCAUCAUCGUGGAGCCCAAAACCUCGUGGAAACUGGAUUGCUUGCAACUCAAGGAUAAAAAUCAGUGGAAACUUUCAGUGGAUGAAGUCAAGAAGCUGAAGCCCAGCUUAGAAAAAGACUUCCCUCCCUUGUACUUUGGAUGGUUUUUGAGCAAACGGAGCUCAGAGAACUUGCGUAAAACCGGGCAGGCAUUUUUGGAUGAGCUUGCUAGUUUUAAAGUCUUCAAGAAGGAAGCCAAUAAGCAUUUUGGGCAAUCUAGUGAAGACCCCAAAAUGAAAAUUGACUUGACUGGCUACUUUGUGAAAAGACCACCUGGUGUUUUGCACUGUACAACAAAGUUUACUGACUUUGGAAAGGCCCCAGGAGCAGAAGACUAUGCACAGCAAGAGAUUGUGAAGUCCUCUUACGGAAAAGCCUUUUUCCUGACCAUCUCUGCCCUUUUCAUCACCCCAAGAACUGCUGGGGCCCGUGUGGAACUGAACGAGCAGCAAAUGCUUCUGUGGCCAAACGACGUGGAUGUGCUUCAGCCAGCUGUUAAUCUCCCCAAAGGCAGCCGGGCCCAUGUGACCCUGGGCUGUGCUAGUGGGGUAGAAGCUGUCCAAACUGGCAUCGAUCUUCUGGAAUUUGUCAAGCUGGAAAAAGCAGGGAACAAAGGCGAGGAGGUGGGGGAGAUUGGGGGUGGGAAGCUGUUGUCCUAUGGGAAUGGGAUGUGGAUGCUUUUGCUUUCCAAGAAGAUUGAGGUGAGAGCCAUCUUUUCUGGGUACUAUGGAAAGGGAAAAUUGGUACCCACUCAAGGUGGUAGCAAACGGGGAUCACCUUUUAACGCCUGCAUCAUUAUCUAAAGGCUCUUGCUACCACUGCUGCCUUUCCUUUUACAGUGAAGUAAUAUGUAACCUUUUAUAAGACCAUUCCUACCCCCAUCUCAUUGUUUUUCAGUGCCUGCUAAGUUCUAGUACAGUGUCUUUUCAGAGGCACUUUCCCCCUCUUCCUUCAGAAAACAAGACACAGAUGCCCAGGCACUUUUUUAUAUUUAUGAACUAAGAUUAAUGUGGCUGAAUAUCUGGCUACUUAAGUGUUUUGAAGUAUCUUUUUUUUAAUGAAGAAAGCGGUAGCCCACUCCUCAAAUACUACUGCUGGGUUUGACAAAAAACCCCUUAGACAUUAGUGCUUCUACAGAAUGAACUAUACCACUUCAGACUAUAAGGUUUUGUGCGUAUUUGCAAGAGGGAAUCCUUUUCAUCUGCCCAUCCCCCAACUGUGGUCUCCCCCACAUAAAACCUCCCUGCAAAAGAGAAAGCCAUAAUUGCGGGUAAAAGGUAAUGCUCGAACAUUUCUUUUUGCUCUUCUAAUUUUUUUUCCUUGGGUAUUUUAUUUUCAGUCGGGGGGGGGGAGAAUUAAAAAGUGGGAGGCUGUAUCUCUACUCUGAAGUGGUACAAUCUGUCUUCUGACGUUAACUCCACCAACUAAUUCUGUUGCACAGGAGGACUUAACCUGUCCCAGAAUUUAGUAUAGUAAGUCAGAUUGAUAGUUUAGGAUGUCUUAGAGUCAGCUGACAACUCAGCCACAGUCUUAACUGAAUGCUUUUGUAAGUUCUUCCUUCUGUUUACUCAUCUUUGAAAAGGCUUUAAAGCCAGACAUGCUUAAACUCAGUUAAUCUUGCUAUAGUGAUUCAGACCCCCCCCAACAUGUUGUGAAAAGAUAGUUAUUUUUCUGUUUUAUGGGUAAAACUAUAAAUCCUUAAUCAAAAAGCAUUUAAAUAAUCAAGAAAAUAGAGCAAUUUGUGUGGAGUCCUUGCAGAAUGUGAACUCCUUUGAUUGGACAGAGAUGAGGAUCUUGUCUUAAUAUUAACCAGUUUCUCAAGCAAUGGGAAUAUUUGGAUUUCCUCAUAAUUUCUGCUAGAAGAGGUAAAGCAGCCUAUUCAUCUUUUCAUUCCCCCUCUGGCACACAUUUCUUCUGAAUCUUUAAACCAGAUACUAGCUAUUCAUUAGGGACUGGUAACUCACAAGGGAGGCCUUAGAUCAACUUUUCCCAAUUUGGUGCAAUCUGCGUAUUUUGGAUUGUAAUUUCCCUCAUCUCUGUCCACUAGUUAUGGAGGGCACCAGGUUGUCAGAAUUGCCUCAGGGACUAUUUAGCUGAGAAAAAAAAACUUCACUUGUAGCCACAGUAAGCAGAGAGACAUAGGCAUCAACACAUAAUGGGUGAGAUUUCUUUUUCUGUUUUAUAGAUGAUGGACAUGGUGGCAUAUCAUAGUAAGUCCAGUGGAGCUGUAGGAAAAAGUGGUGAUCUGUAAAAUUACUUGUCAAUGAACGAGUAUUUGGAUUAAGUGGCAGUGCCCUUUGAAUAUUCAUCAUAAUCUGAUAGUGCUGUACACAGAGGGCUUUGCUUAUCUUACAAUACGGUUUUGGACAUUGAAAAAAUAAUUUAUGUGAAGCACAUGGAACACAUUAAAAUGCUAUACAUAUUACACAAUCCUGUGCAUGUCAACUCAGCAACUAGUCCCACUGGGUUCAGUCAGUAGUGUUAUAUAGGAUUUCAGCUUUAAUAGUAGUGUGUAAAAUACAGUUGUCAGUACUGUUGUGCACUUGAAACACACACAGCAAGGAAAGACUAACCAUUUAAAAAGGUUUUCUAAAAUCAGGGAAAAAUUUGGCCUCCCAGAUGUUGUUAGACUACAAAUCCCAUUGUCUUUCCCCACUGACUCUGCUGGCUGAGGUUGCUGGAUUUGCAGUCCAAUUAUGUGGAAAGCUGCAUGUUGCACAGCCCUACCUUAAAUACAUAGAGUCCAGUAAGCAUGAAGAAUUUCCACUGGAUUCUUUUUUAUACUGAUUAAAUAUGCAAGAUGAGAUCCAAAAGCAAGUGUUUGUCCUAGUAAGCACAAACGAGCUGAAUGAAGAGGGACUAAGUCAUUUAUAGAAGUCCCACUGAUUCAGUGGACCUAUUCUAGUGUGAACUCAAAUUGGGAAUUUAUCUGAGUGUCUAUAUAUAGAUCUUUUGAUUUUGUUAACAGUAUAUUGGUACACAGUAUGUUGUCAGUUAAACACACUCUAAAACCAAAGGGCAAACCAGGCACCUUAAAAUCUUUGCUGGAUCAUGCCCUCUGUCUGCUACUGCUGUAGUAUUUUAGAUAGACAAUUGAAUAAACUCCAAGCCACUUUAAAGCAGGAACCAGCUGUUUUUGCAUUACACAGCUGUGCUUGGUAGUCAUAGUCACCAGCAUCACAGCAUUGCUUUAAAAAUGCCAAUAAAGUAGGCAGCUAAAUGAAUUUACCUUUGUGUAUUCUGGCCACAGCAGCAUUUGUGUGUGGCAUUUGAAAAUACUGUUAAAUACAAGUGCAUUCCAAAUCUGGAGUUUCCUCCCUUCCCAACUUUUAUAGCUUGUUGCAAAAUUGUGCAAUCCACAGAGAAUCUGGGGAACCUAAUGUACUCCCAUAUCUGAGUAGCUAUAUGCAAGGUUAAGUUAGACGUGAGGAUCCUCCCUGCAACCCUCUGUGAGACUCUCAUAUAACCUCAGUGAACAUGACUUUCACUGUGGGAAAUAUCUUUUAGACAAUGUAGGGAGAGAACAGGAAAGAUGUCAAACACAUCAUUUGGAGUAAUCCUUAUAGACCUUGUCUACUGCUUUGCUCAUGUGAAUGUAAUCAGACAGAUUAGCAUAAGUAUUAACUGCUCAGAUUUGAAAUGGAAUGCAUGAUUUCAGCCUAAACAGACUUCACAUGAAGGCUAACAUUCCUCCCAUUGAAUAUUGAAAGUAAGAUAGGUGGUGGUGGUUGUUCUGAUCAAUCUACCUUUCUCAAAUGUUUUGUUACACAAGGAGAAAGCUAGUCAUGCUAACAAUGUUGGCCAGGAAAUACCCAUCACAACAUAACUGUGUGUGAUAUUUGUUCCAGAUUUUGCAAUGUCUCAUGCUUAUCUAAUAGCCCAAUUAUUGUUAAUAUGUGUAUCCUGAAUACAGUCAGUCUCUUUUUACUUACAGGAAGUAGGGAAUUUCAGUGGUUUCCAACUGGCAUAAUAUAUUUUUUAAAAAAUGCUUUAACUCCCAUUCAAGGCUAAAUAGCAGCUUAGAUUUAAAGCAACUGUAGAGGAUAUUGAAAUAAAUAUUAUUAAUAUACAGAAACGUUUGUCUUUGUGCUGCUUGUUACAACACUGCUAAUGCUGUCACCAUGUGGACUUUGAGAUUACAUAUGUAGAGGGGUGGGUUUUACUAAAAUCCAUCUGUAGCAGAAGCAGAGAGAACUGUAAUCAGGUAGUUUCAGUUCUGAUUUUUUUUCUGACCAUACAGUUCCUCUGCAAAGAGCUGCAUAUACAGCCUACUCCCUUGAGGUCUUCUUUUACAUCUGUGGGUCAGUUGUGGCUUGUGGCAUGUGGUAUUCACACAACUUAAAGCAGAAGCUUAUCUGGGGUUGGAAAUGCUAGGAUUUAAUACUUAGUGCAAUCUGGGUUUCAUUUUAAUGUAUCACUUCCCAGGUGCUGUUUUUCUAUGGUAAAUUAGAUUUUAAAAAAGCAACUGUGUAUAUCCGCUCCCCCCAUAUCAACUGAAGACUUAACAAAAUCUCUUUCAAAAUAUAUUAACAGUUGAGGUCCUUUGGUUUUAAUGCCACUGAAAGUUAGUUAAUACUAGACACACCCCAAAUAACCUCAAAUUGACCAUCAUAGAUUUCUUGGGCCAAGGUGGAAAACUUUUUUACACAUUCAGUCCAUCUUCAUACAAUUUCAAUGGCUGAUCUAUCCAAAAAGGCAAAAAAA